GAAAGCAAACAGUGUUAUCGUGAAAUAUGAGCUCGCCGUCAACGCAAUUUCAAAAGAGCAAGCUCAAGAAGUUAUCGAUUGCAUCCAAAACCAAGUCAACACCGGGAUGAUUGGGAACUACAAGGUCGAUCCUAACCAUCCAAUAGAACCAACAACAACGCCACCAACUACUCAACCAACACCUGACCAAGUUGUUACUACAAAGCAAUCGAGGAUUGAUACAGAGAUGAGACUCACGUCAGUGGUCUUUGACGAAGUGAAAGAUCUAACUUCAAAUGCAGGAAAGCAGUUUAAGACGGAUUUUGAGUUAAGGCAAGUGACGUCUCGACAGCUUCCGACAAAACGACUACAACCGUUUCUACAGCGUUGUUGAUCAUUCUUGGUGUGGCGUUGUUCAUUCUGCUUCUCAUCAUCAUCGUUCUUGUCGUGUUGGUUUUCUGCCUACUGAAGCUUAAACGGAAAGGCGAUAAGCAGUGAAAACACCGCAUGAAGUAUCACACCAUAGACCACAAUCGCAAUGGCUAACCUACACGUAAAAUAAGAACAACUAGCAGGUCAAAUGAAUUAGAAAGGCAGCAAUUUAACAGAUCGUUUUCUACCACAUAUACUUUAUCUUUAUAAGUAUACACAAAASAAAACAGAAUCAACCCUUCUGGAGUAGGAAUUCCUUCCUAAUAAACUUAGUACCGGUGAUUUCUUACGGYGUACCACGGAGCUCUAUCUUUGGUCCUAUACUAAAUGACACAGGAUAACCACUAACUAUGCGGCUCUUUCAAAAAAAGCACGAUUCAACGUUUAAAUCCACUCUAUUAUUCAAAUAGCACAAACGAUUGUACGUUAAACCAGGAGGAUGUAAUUCUUGUAAMCAAUCAAAUAGGCMCUUUGCAGUCUACAGUCACGUGAUGUAAAAGAAAUUAAYGAAUUUAAUGAAUCGCAAGUUUAACAAAAGGACUUUGAAAGAAAAUUGAUGGUAAUGAAAUAUAAGGACUUUGGUAGCUUUUCUCCCCAUUUCAGUUACAGUCACGUGACUACUAACUGCAAAAAGCCUAUUUAUUGAAAAAAUGAUUUGUAAUCAAAUGAAUUUCACAUAAGAUUCAAYAAAAAAUAUGCACAAAAAAGGA